AUGAGUAGUGAAGAAGAAAGGAACCGUCCCGGAAAUUCUAUGGCCGGCUUGUCUAACUUACAUAUGAGAGCUUUGAAUGAUUCUAUGACUAACUUGUUGGAUACAGGUUUGGAACAGAUCCAUCAGAGGCUUGAUGAGCUUCAAAUCAACCGGCCAACUCGAUCUCGAACCAGAGCCAGAAGAGAUCGACCAAGGAGACGCAGCCGAUCCGACCAUGACAUCCAAGAGGAGGAGACCAAUGAUGAGGACGACCGGUCCAUCAACUGGCCUAGGAGAGGAUCUAUAAACCAAAAUCAAGGUGAUGUCAAUCCAUUUGCUAGAAAUGAUCGAGCUGAUAAUGGUUUGGGUGGAUUGAAAUUAAAAAUUCCAAGUUUUGAGGGCAAGAAUGACCAGAAUGCUUUUCUUGAAUGGGAAAGAAAAAUUGAACUUGUUUUCGAUUGUCAAAAUUUUACUGAUCUUAGAAAAGUUAGGCUUGCGGCUUCUGAAUUUUCUGGCUAUGCUAUUAAUUGGUAUGAUCAAGUUGUGACUCACAGGAGGAGAGCAGGUGAAAGACCAGUUGAUACUUGGGCGGAGCUCACCAUGAUAAUGAGAAGACGCUUUGUUCCUGAUCACUAUCACCGCGAUCUCCAACACAAAUUGAGACGUUUGCUACAAGGAACCAAGUCAGUAGAGGACUAUCACCAGGAGAUGGAGAUCCUCAUGAUCAAGGCAGAUGUGGACGAAUCUCUAGACGCCACCAUGGCUAGAUUUCUCACCGGUCUCAACUGUGACAUCCAAGAUCGUAUGGAGCUUCAAGAGUAUGACAACAUGGAGCAGAUGUUACACAAGGCUAUUUUGAUCGAACAGCAAGUCAAAAGAAAGGGCCUCUCUAAACCGUCCUUUGCCCCCAAACCCUCUUUUGCAUCCAAAACAAACUAUCAAGACAAGGGUAAGUCUUCGUCCACAACAAAUAGUACUUUUAAGACUAAUGCCCCUGCUCAUGUUGAUAGAGAAAAGAAAGAAGAAACUUCAAAACGAACCAGAGACAAUCAGUGCUUCAGAUGUCAUGGCCUUGGCCACUAUGCUAAUCGGUGUCCAAACCAAAAGGGGAUGGUUCUUUUGGAGAACGGAGAAGUAGAAUCCGAAGAUGACAAGGAGGAUCUUGGACCAGUCUUUGAUGAUGAUGAGACACUUGAUUACCCACCUCAUGGCCCUCUCCUUGUUGCUAGAAAACCAUUGGACGAUGCCUAUGGCCCCAUUUUCGACAAAGAGGUCGAUGGCGUGAUUGACGAGUUCUGCUCGACCUUUGUAGAAGAUUCUGGUCCGAUCUUUGAUGAGGACAGCCUAGAAUAUCCGGCUCAUGGUCGACUAUUGGUUACUAGCCGAUCCUUGAGUGUGCAACCAAAAACCAACGACAAAGAACAAAGGGAGAAUCUUUUUCAUUCUAGAUGUCUCAUUUCAGAAAAAGUUUGUUCUUUGAUCAUAGAUGGAGGUAGUUGCACUAAUGUGGCUAGUGACACCCUUGUAAAGAAACUUGGGCUUGUUAGUCGGCCUCUUUCUCGUCCUUUCAGGUUGGAGUGGCUCAAUGAAUCUGGAGAACAGUACGUGAGGGAACAAGUGACCGUCCCCCUUACCAUUGGCCGAUAUGAAGAUGAGGUCAUUUGCAACGUUCUGCCUAUGGACGCAUGCCACAUUCUCUUGGGCCGGACAUGGCAAUUUGAUAAGAAGGCCGUGCAUGAUGGCUUUACAAACCGACACUCUUUUGAUCACAAGGGAAAGAAAAUCACUUUGGUUCCCUUGACACCUUUGGAGGUUCAUUAA